AUGGGGAAAGUUGUGCCGGAAUGCGUGCUUUGGCCCGAAACCGACGUGAUUGCACCUCUCGUCCGCGAAAGGGCAAUUGAUGAAGCAGUCGAUGCGUGGGACGAUUGGCAGGAUCUGAAGGAAUACCAACCUCUUUGGGGUGAUGAGAUCGAAUACGCACUGUUGGCUGUGGACAGCGACGCCCAGACAGCCAAUCACUGCCUCCGAGCACCAGACCUCUUGAACAAGCUCCGAAAAGUCUCAGCGGCAGGAACAUACUCGCCAGAGUUCGCCCAAUUCCAGAUCGAAUCACAGCCCCCGGUUCCGUACGUCGACAGUGUCGAAUCGUUGCUCUCAGUCGAAAAAGACAUGUCUGACCGCCGUACCACCAUCAAGAAACACCUCGCCCCCAACGAGCACCCCCUAACCCUAUCCAUCCACCCCCGCUUCGGCUGCCCCUCCGACAUCCACCACUCCCUAACCACAACCACCGCCCUCACCGCCCCCACCCCCCGCCACCUCACCGUCCACCACAACAUCACCGCCCGCCGCCGCCGCCGCCGCCGCCGCCGCCGCGACGGCACCACCUCCACCACCCCAACCCUCCACAUCCCCCUCUUCCUCGACCAAAACACCUUCGCGCCAUCCCCCUCCCACGCACUCCCAUCCUUCAUCGACCCCGCCCGCGCCACCAUCACCUUCACCCCCGAGGAGACCCUCAUCGGCGUCUCCCAAUGCUGCCUGCAAGCGACGUUCCAGGCGCCCGACGCAUCCGCCGCCCGCCGCCUGCACGACGCCUUCGUCCCGCUGGCGCCCGUCCUGCUCGCCCUCACCGCCGCGACGCCCUGCUACCGCGGCUUCCUCGCCGACACGGACGCGAGGUGGAACGUCAUCUCUGCGUUGACGGACGAUCGGACGGAGGAGGAGAAGGAGGAGCGGGGCGAGGGGGGAGGGGUGGGGGUGCGGCCGCGGUACUGGUGCGCGGAGAGGUAUGUUGCGUGGGAGGCGCCGGGGUGGUGCCAGCCGCGGGAGGAGGAGGAGGGGGGAGGGGGAGGAGUGCGUGAGGCGACGGUGGCGGAGCGGCUGGAGUGCGCGGGCAAGGGGCUCGACGGCGUGCUGGCGCGGUACUAUGCGCGUGUGCUGGGGCGGCCGCUGCUGGUGUAUCCGGUCGAGUGCGCGCAGGAGCUGCUUGCUCCGCUGCGACGGGACAGCGGGGCCGCCGGUGUCGUCGUCGAUGGAGAGGAGAGGAUGAGUUCGUCGUCGCAGUCGAUGCGCGCCGGUGCCGCGGCGGAAGCCAACCGCUGCCGCCGCCCUGCAGCUCGCCAGAGUUGCGCGGUGAAGAAGGGCAAUGGACGUCACGAGAACUUCGAGUGCCUCACCGGCACCGUCUACCCGUCCGUUAAGCUCAAGCACCCGUCUCCCGAGGAUCCCGCGCUCGGCUGGCGCGUCGAGUUCCGCAGUAUGGAGAACUCGAUCACGGAUUUCGAAAACGCUGCCUUCGUCGUCUUCGUCGCGCUGGUGCGGCGCGCGGUCGAGCGGUGUGGCGGCGUUGAUUGGUACGUGCCUAUGGAGCGGGUCUGGGAGAAUAUGGAAAGGGCGCAUGCGAGGGAUGCCGUGAGGUGGCAGCGGUUUUGGUGGAAGGGGGCGGAGGAGGGUGGUGGGACAGAGGUCGUUGGGGAUCCGGCCACGCCGAUGCUGCUGACGGUCGACGAGAUUGUCAAUGGCUGUGCCUCUUUCAAGGGGCUGAUGACGCUCGUGGACGAGUAUAUGAGGGAUGAAGGUUUUGGUUCAGUGGAGACGGAGAAGCUGCAGCCGUACUUGGAGGUCGUGAGGGGGAGAGCAAGUGGAAAGCUCUGUACGACGGCACGCUUCAUGCGGGACUUUGUGAUGCGGCAUCCUGAGUAUGCUGGUGACAGCCAGGUGUCAGAGAAGAUUUCCUUUGAUUUGGUGCAAGAGAUUAUCCAGGUUACGAACAUGAAGAAGAACUGUGGUUUAUUCUGA